AUGGAUAGCGCAGCGGUUUUAUUCAGAGAAGCCGGUUUGAAAGUGCAGGACCCGCCCACUGAGAAACGUGCUUUCUCCUUAAAGGACCGAAAGCGCAUCGCUGAGCGGCUCCUCAUUGAAUACUGUUCUGCGACUCGAGACGCUGGUAACCGCACCGAGUAUAUCUGGCUCGACGAAUUUUGCCUGUCCGACGAACACCUGCCAGACAAUACCCCAGAACGGUCCAAAGAACUCGGACGUCUUCCUGAUAUUUUCCGCAAUGCGUCUCAGGUUGCCGUCUUCUGCCAUGAAGAGGGCUGUGAUCAUAGCUCUAUUUCGUGUGUUUGGGGUACCCGUCUCUUCACGAUCGGCGAGAUACUACAUGCCGCGACUGUCAUUCGUCUCACGCGGCAGAAAGACGAGAACCACCUGCAUGCACUGACAACGCAUGCAUACCGAGAGCCUGCUCGUGUAUUCCGUGAACGUAUGCAGAGAAAGGCCGCAUUGGGGAACCGCUGGCACUUGUACGCCAUCAUGCAGCACUCUGCCAACGCCGGCUCCGUUGCAUGGCAGAAUGCCAUUCACGCUCUCGUAGUCGAAGCCAUCAUUCGAAAUCGUCAAGGUGGAUAUGAAGAAAACAUGCUCGGGAGGGCACUGAAUGGGCUACUACCCCGCCGGGCGCGACUUGAGGACCUGAAAGGAGAAGAUGGGUGGGCAGACCUUGCGUGGUUGCUGGAGUUGAACCAAGGAUUUUACAACGCAGCGAGUUUGGCAGCGGUGUGUCGAUUGGGGGAUGGCAGCUGGCUGGGUCCUCCUAUUGAGCCUGUUGCGGGGAAUGAAAGGUUGGAACCGGUUGUUCACGCGUUUCCAGUGGGAGUUCCCGACAGAUCGGGAAUUAAGACACCUCUCAGCAUCAUUGGCAGCCAAACGAUAGGGUUGCGAGCCUCUUUGGAAAGAGAUUCGUUCGGACUAUACACCAACGAGGAC